AUGGAUAGCCAGCGUUACCCUGAAGGUUUAAGUAAAAACCAAAAGGCCAAAUUUAGAGCCAAGGAAAGAGCUCAGAAAAUGAAGGAAAUGCCGCAAAAUGACAUCCAUAAGCAAAUAUGGCUCUGUCAAAAAGGACGAAAAAAUUUUGCUGCCGCCGAUAAAAUCGAGCAGAAACUUAUUGGUAUGUACCAACGAGUAUUGGUUACUCCUGAAGGUGAAAAAAAAACCGAAAUGGAAAAAAAUAUCGCCGCUGCUGAGAAAAAGUUGGGCGAGAAAACCAAAAAAUAUAAAAAUUUAUUUGCUGAUAGUUCUGAUGAUGAAACGGUUCAUAUGGAAUCAGUUAAUAAUUCCUCUACCUCAUCUGCCACUGAACUUUCAUUCUCAUCAACUGAAUCAUCUGAAAAUGAGAAUAAUACCUUAUCAACAACACAAACAUACAAAUGUCCACGUUGUUCGAAAAAACCGUACAAACGCUACGGAAUGUAUAAACUACACCUAAAGACUUGUGGUGUACCACCACCGGUAAUAAACGUUCAUUUUCCUGGUGACAUCAACCGAUUCCACCUUCUAUCUACAGCGAUGGGAAAGAGAUUCGUUGUGUAUCGAGCUGACAAUUUAGAAGUAGCCGAUGUAAGUGGCGUUUACCAAGACUUUGGUCUAAAUAUACAACAAAUUUUGAAAUUCGGUAUCGAUAAACUAAAACUGAUAAAGGCUGGAAUCAGUAUCCAAGUUGAAAUGGUAAAAGAAUCGCUCGAUGGUUCCCAGUUUGUGAAGCCAACUUUCACCUCAACCUUGCUUAAGUUUUAUCCAGCUAGUGAUAUUAUGGCAAAAAUUGGCAAGGCUUUAUCAGAAAUUGAUUCAUUUAUUGAUCAAUAUACUCAAAAAGGUUCAGGAUGGUCAGUAGCCAGGUUCAUCCAUUGUGAUGUAAUUUUUGGUCUCUACAAGCCACAUAAAGGAGGGUGUAGAUCGAUACAACUCCCUAAUGACUUGAAAAACAAAAAGUGUUUAAUAUCACCUGAUACUAUCAGUGACUGUUUCAUGUAUUCAGUUCUUGCAGGACUACAUACCCCCCAAUACAACCCACAGAGAGUUACACUUUAUCGAAGAUACUUGGAUCUCUAUGACUUCUCUGAUGUGCGUGGUAAUGUAUCGGUGCAUCAAAUCAAAAAGUUCACCAGAAAAAAUGCCAUCUCAGUUAACGUUUAUAGUUAUGACGUUGACUCAAAAACUAUUUGGCCAAUUAAAGUAAUGGACAAAGAAAAUACAAAGCACGUUAAUCUGCUAUUAUAUAAUGACCAUUACUUCACAAUCACUAAUUUCAAUCGACUUGCCAGUACAUCUGGAACACGUAACAACUAUUUCUGUUACCGUUGCAUCUGCUCAUUCAAUAACCAAGAAAGAUUAGAUGCACAUAGAAAUGAUUGUCUAAAUCAUACACCUCAAAAACUGGUAUUACCACAACCCGGGAGCCGAAAAUCAGUAAUCACAAGGAAUGAUUAUCGAAAGGAAAGUCGUUUUCCAUAUAUUAUUUAUGGCGACUUUGAGACAUUAUCAACUAAUAGAACUGACUCUGAGAAAAUCCUAGCCGAUUUAGUUCCAGUUAGUUAUGCUUUAAUUGCAGUCGAUUGGAAUCGAAAUAUCGUCAGUAAAAAACUUUACUUUGGUGAAAAUGUUAGGCAACAAUUUUUCAAGUCAUUGGCAGAUAUUAAAAAAACCAUAGAUGAGCAUAAACAAGAAAACUUCAAACCAUUAAGUAUGUCUCCACUUGAUGAACAGGAAUUUGAAGCUAUUCAGAAUUGCCAUAUCUGUGGUAAAUGUUUGGGUCAUGAUAGGGUUCGUGAUCAUGAUCAUCUCACUGGUCAGUUCAGAGGUCCUGCACACCAAGCAUGCAAUGUAGCGUAUCAAGUGCCAUCUAAAAUUCCAGUCAUUUUUCAUAAUUUGAAAAACUUUGACGGGCACAUCAUUAUCGGCGCUUUACGUUCUGGAAUGUUCAAAAACCCACCAAGGCUGAUUCCCCAUACAAUGGAGAAGUACAUCGCAUUCAUGCUUGAUGACUUUAUCUUUCUGGAUAGCUACAGUUUUCUACCUGCAUCACUUGAUAACCUGGCUCAAUCUGUACCCGAUGAUAUCAAAAAACAUUUCAUGACAAGAGUUUUCCCAGAAAACACACCAUUUGAAUUAUUAAUGAAGAAAGCUUGUCUCCCAUAUGAGUAUUUUAACUCAAUUUCUGAUUUUGAUCUAGAUCAUUUACCAUCUAAAGAAGCUUUUUACUCUACGCUGACAGAUUCACAUGUAACUGAUGAAAUGUAUGAUCAUGUGACUAACAUUUGGAACCGAUUUAACUGUCAAACAUUGAAGGAUUUUCACAACAUUUACCUUAAAGUUGAUACAUCCUUAUUAGCUGCAAUAUUUGAAAACUUUCGAAGGACAAGUUUCAGAAAUUUUGGUAUUGACCCGUGUCAUUACUUCUCCGCUCCUGGAUUUGCGUGGGCUGCAGCAAUCAAGAAAACCAAAAUCAAACUUGAACUAAUUACAGACAAUGACAUGCUGUUAAUGGUAGAAAAAGGUAUCAGAGGUGGUCUCACUCAGGUAUCCAAAAGACAUGUAAUAGCCAACAAUACAUCAUGUCCGAAUUAUGAUUCAACAAAAGAACCUACAAGUUUGGCUUACUUUGACGUUAAUAAUUUAUAUGGGUAUUCAAUGUGUCAAGAAUUACCAGUUGGCGAGUUCUCAUGGGUUCCUGCUGGUCAAUUUAUAAAUGUCAUUUAUAAAAUACUCGAUAUAGAUGACUCUGAUCUAUCGAGUGGGUUCAUUCUUGAAGUAGAUCUUGAAUAUCCAGAUAAUCUUCAUGAUAAACAUAAUGAUUACCCUCUAGCUCCUUAUAAACAAUCAAUAAGUGAUGAACUCCUGAGCCCGUACCAAAAAGCUAUUGCCGAGCGACUUGCUGCUAUUGGAAACAAAAGUACUAAAGUCCCAAAAUUGGUUACAACAUUUUUGAAGCGAGAAAAAUAUGUUGUUCAUGGCAAAACUCUUUACUUUUACCUGAAAGAAGGUAUGAAAUUAAAGAAAAUUCAUCGCAUUAUAAGAUUCAAACAAGCACCUUGGCUUAAGCCAUAUGUUGAAUUCUGUACCGAACAGAGGAAACAGUCAUCAACCAAUUUUGAAAAAGAUUUUUGGAAGUUGAUGGUCAACAGUAUCUAUGGAAAGACCAUAGAAGAUAAACGAAAACAUACUCAUGUUGAGCUCGUUUUGGAUAAUGCAUCCGCUGAGAAGCGAUUACGUGAUAACACCUGCGAAAACUUUUUGAUACUUGAUGAAGACCGUAUUCUUUUCAAGAUGAAAAGAAAACAGAUAAUUAUGGAUAAACCUAUUGCGAUUGGCUUCACAGUAUUAGAGUUAUCCAAAAUGAAGAUGUACGAUCUUCACUACAACCAUUUUAAAGCAACUUAUGGGAAUAACAUUAACCUUGUAUAUACUGACACCGAUAGUUUCAUCUAUGAGGUUAAAAACGCUGCAAAUGAUCACAUUAUCGCUCGAAUGCAUAGUAUUCUCGACACCAGCAAUUACCCAAGAGAACAUCGAUAUUUUCAAACGUCCGUGAAAAGAAAAUUGGCUUUUAAAGAUGAACUUUCUGGUGGUAUAAUGUUUGAAUUCAUUGGUCUCAAGUCAAAACUAUACGCUUAUAAAUCGGACGAAGGCGAGAAGAAACGAGCUAAAGGGGUCAAUCGAGCGGCAAUGAAACGCAUCACAUUUGAUGAUUAUAAAAAAGCCAUUGAUGCAAGUACCAAUGUUAGACUUACUAUGCAUAGACUCCAAGCAGUUCGACAUGAAAUUCAACUUUUGAAAUAUCAAAAAUUAUGUAUUACCCCCUUUGAUAACAAAAGAUAUAUCCGAGAAGAUGGAAUAUCUACUUUAGCUUACGGUCACUACUCAUUGAGAGCUGAUCAAUAA